AGUCCCUCACACCACUUCGCAGAUUUCGGUCGCCACUGCUUCCUCGUGGCCGCUCGCUCGCCGGAGCCAAGUCUUGUUCGAGCUUCGUAGUUGGCAGCCUGCGCCUUCUGGUUUCAGUCCGUCGCUCUGUAGUACGACCAAGACCUUCAAAAUUAGAGUCUUUCAAUUCAAGCAGCAUUGGUGCAGCCAUGUUUUUGACACGGGUGUUUGGGAGAACAUUUCUAGCUGCUGCUAGAUCAGAAACUUCUUCUGCCACAGGUGCUGCUGCUGCUACAGCUAGGAUGGGCUAUAACCCGCUUGAGGAGUUUUUUGAGGCAGAUAGAAGUCCAGAUGAUGACAAACCUGUUGUAUAUGGUCGAAGUUGGAAGGCUUCAGAACUACGGCUCAAGUCUUGGGACGAUCUUAACAAGCUAUGGUAUGUCCUGUUGAAGGAGAAAAAUAUGUUGAUGACACAGCGCCAGAUGCUUAAUGCUCAAAAUCUAAGAUUUCCUAAUCCAGAACGCAUUCCCAAGGUGAGGAAAUCAAUGUGUCGAAUCAAACAAGUACUUACCGAGAGAGCCAUCGAUGAACCAGAUCCUCGGAGAUCCGCAGAGAUGAAGAGGAUGAUAAACGCUCUGUGAUAAGUGAAAAGUGUUUCAAAGUCAGUCUAGUAUGCCGUGGAUCUUAUCAUAUCAGAGACAAAAGGGAGGAAGAGUUAGUGAGAUAAUCAUUCUGUAAUCGAGGAUCUUGUUAGAAGCCUAGAAACUGUUUGAUGAUUUGUAAUCUUGUUUUUAUCUAUACACUAAUUAAAGUUUUGAAGAUGUUUUUUUUUAUUUGUGCCGAAGAUCAACAUUGGCCAAGUUUAUUCUA